UUGUUUGUUAGUGUAAUUAUGACUUUACAGUGGUACAAUAUGGUAAAAUAUGAAUUGUGAAAUUACGCUCCGUGCUUGAAUUAACAAGGAAGUAGUUUUUAUUUGCCUUUCAAACCAUUCAUUACAGCGGUAGUUUACUACAGAUACAAUAAAGAAGUAGAGGGGACUUGGAUAUUCAAUAAUUAAAGAGGGUACCUGUUUCACACAAUGAUGGGCUUGACAACAUCUGUUUUUCUUAUUUUAGUAUUAGUUAGUCAGUUCGGAUCAUCGAUACAAGCAUGCAAUGAAUGUGCAUGUUGUAAAGGAGGAAAUAAUUUUUGUGAUGAAAACAGUAAAUGUCUUGAUGGUUGUAUCGACGGUUUUUACGGUGAUAAAUGUACAGAGGAGUGUCUAGAAAAUUGUAAAACUUGUAUUAAUGGUUAUGAAUGUGGAAAAUGUAAACCCGGUUAUUAUACAAACAAAUGUAAUUUGCAAUGUGGGAAAGGUUGUCUCAAUAACACAUGCUCGCUUGUAUCAGGAGAUUGUACCUGUAAAUCGUCUUUAUUUAUUGGACGUAAAUGCGAUGCUUGCGUAGGUUUGCAGUAUGGUGAUGAUUGUAACAACACUUGUCCUAGUAACUGUGGCACGUGUUUAUCAGAAACAGAAUGCUCAUGGUGUAAAAACACUGUUUAUUACGGAUCAUAUUGUCAGCAUAGAUGUUCAUACGGCUGCAACGGCGGACGAUGUAAUAAAGGUUAUGGAACUUGUAUUAAAGGAUGCAAACCUGGUUUUUCUGGAGUGAAAUGUGAUAAAUGCUCACCUGGAUUUUACGGUCGCUUUUGUGAUUUCAAUUGCACAGAGAAUUGUUUUUCUUGUCUGUCGGCGUCAAAUUGUACCGAGUGCAAAUCUGGCCUUUAUGGUGAAUAUUGUACAAAUGAUUGUCCAUAUGGUUGUUAUGGAAAUUGUUCACUUGCUGAUGGUAGAUGCAAUGAGUGUAAAUCGGGAUUUGUUGGAGAUUUAUGUGACACAUGUGCAAAUGGAACAUUUGGAGUUAAUUGUUUAAAAUCGUGUCGUGAUGAAGACAUACAUUGCCGGGUCUGUAUUGCAAAUGAAUUUGAUAGCUUUGGAAAUUGUACAGAAUGUGAAGAUGGGUUUUACCUAAAUGUUAGUUUUGGUCAAAAUUACCUUGGACAUAAUCAUAAUAUAUGUACAGAAUGUCCAUAUAAUUGUAAAGACUCUGUAUGUAAUAUGGCAGGCCGAUGUACAAAUGGGUGCCUGCAUGGAAAAUGGGGAGAUAAAUGCAGAAAUAAUUGUUCUAAAAAUUGUGUAAGAUGUAGUCAAAUCGACGGAUCAUGUUUGGAGUGCACUCUUGAGACAUUCGCAGAUGAUUGCUCAAAAAACUGUAGCACAAAUUGCAAUUAUACUGACAGUGACAGAAUUUGCUCAAGAGAUACAGGAAAAUGUUUACAGGGAUGUUUAUCAAUGACAAAAUACGGAGCAUAUUGUGAGAGGGAUUGUAACGAUACGUGUAACAAUCAAAGUUGUGACUGGAAAAAGGGAUACUGCUCAGAAGGAUGUAAAUUAAAUUAUUAUGGUUCGUUUUGCGGCAAUAAAUGUACCGAUACAUGUCAAUCAAAUGAAAACAACCGCAUAUGUGAUGAUGUUAAGGGUAAUUGUUUGUAUGGAUGCAAAGACGGAUUCUAUGGCAAAAAAUGUGACAACAAAUGCAGCAGUCAAUGUGUCAAUACAACUUGCAACCAGGUUACAGCAGUAUGCUUGCGUGGCUGUAUUGACGGAUACGAAGGACUAGAAUGUGUUCUGGCUAUUAAAGGUGCCGAUUUGGAAGAAAAGAAACCUCUUGUCGUUAUUGCAGGAUCUGUCGGUGCUGGUGUUGUUGUUAUAGUAUUGCUGUUGCUCCUAGUAAUUUGUCUUAUAAAACGGAAUCGAAGACAAAAAUUAUCUUCCAAUACAAAAUGUGAAGAAAACGAUUAUGUACUUGAUAUGAAAGAGAUUCCGAAACAAAUUGACGAAGACGAACCAGGUGUUAUAUACGCCAAGCCUUUCAAACCAAAACAGGAAGCUAGUGGUGAUGCCGGGAAAGAAUAUGACACUGCAUAUGACGGUGAUAAAAAAAUACCUGCUAUUGACAAUGGCUAUACUGCUGUAAAGAUAGGAAUAUCUGCAAAUGAGAAAAGAAAGAGUUUUGAGGUUUGUGACAUCAGACACAGUAACAAACCUUCCAGUGGCAACGAUGAUUAUGCCGUGGUUAACAAAGGAAAGUCGACUGUGAAAGAAAACGAAUGUAUUGAGGAAAUGUAUGAUACAACGCAUGACAACAAAAAGAAUAAACAACCUUUAAAUAGUAAUAAUGACUAUGCCGUACUAAGCAUAAGAUCUGACAACACUAAAGGCUUCGGAAAAUCAAAUAUGGCACAACCAGAUGAUGUUUACGACUCUGCAGAAGCAGGGAAUUACAAAACUAUGCCUCGUCCAAGCAACGAUUAUGCUGUAUUUAAUUGCAACAAUGGGGAUAAACAUGAAAAUACAUUAUAUGAUACUAAAAGCGAUAAGAAAAUCAGUCUAGUAAACAAUGACUAUGAUUUUUUGUGAAUUAGACAGUCACUAAUCAUUGACAAUAUAUGUAGUAUUUACAUGAUAAACUAUCAUUACUACUUUACGUGUUUUAAUCACAUUGCAGUCUACAUAUUCAGCAAAAUUACGUUGUAUACAAAUUUCAAAUUCAAAGUAUUGAUCAUUAUUGCUAUAUAAUAAGUACCUGUUAGUCGAAUUCCAUACGUUAAGUUGUACUUUAGACUUUAAUCAUUUUGUAUGAGUACACAUUCUGUGAUAUACUUUACACUUUUUUUAUGUAAUGUACGUUAGAAUGUUAAUCUUAUGAAUAAUAAAAUAUAAAAAAUAUGUCAAAAACGUUCAACGUAGGUGAAGAUUUUAGGGAGCAUACUAUGUCAUGCUUUGAAAGUUAUCUUAGUCAUUGCUAGUAACAUUUUACAGCCGAUACAUGUUUUAUUUUCUUCAUCUGGAAAACAAAUCAUAAAUCAGUGACAAACAAGGUAAUAUACAAACACUUAUAUAGGAAAAUGUUUCUCACAAUUUUCAUUUGAACUUUUUAACACUUAAUUCUUAGUAAGCAUUAUAGAAAUAUUGUAUUAUUACUUUUCUACAUGAAUUAUUGACAAAUGCAUGAUUGACAGCAUAGAAUUAUCAUUACCACUUUAUUGCAGGUGUGUUAAAUUGUAUCUUAUUUAGCCGUAUAAUGUUUGGAAGGAUAAAACUAUAAAUAGCGCUAUUCAUCAGUUUGAAUUAUGUAAUUAAAUGUUAAUAAAUGUAAAUACAAAUUAUUACACGCAUUAUCCUGAUGAUUUCAAUUUAAAUUUUAAGCUGUUGAUUAUAGCUGUUGAUUGUAACCAUAUAUAUUUUGUUUGUAUAAAAACGUUGCUAUUAUUAUUUAAGCAAAUGUCUUAGGGAUGCAUAUAAUUGAAGAAAUGAACGAUUAUCAACAAAAAAUGUUUUGAUUUGGUUUUAAUUUUUCGAUAUACUUAUAAGGACUUAAACUUAACAUAUGCGUUGCUAUGUAUACUAUUUUAUCCAAUGCAGUGCUUUCAUUUAGUAUAUUUAUGAACUGUGUUAUGUUUGUACAUCAAAAUACAAUACAACUUUUACUUCGAGUAUUUACCUGUUUUGAUGUCUUUAAAAGAUAAC